AUGGCGGAGAUUGUUUUAGGAUCUCUUGGAGACAGAGUGGGUGCCAGAAAAACGUUAGGCUUCUGCCUCAUAUUAUCAGCACUUUCAAUGGUCAGCUUUGGUUACUGGCCAAACCUUUACAUUCUUUGUCUUCAUCUGUUGCUCAAUGGUGCAGCACAGUCCCAGGCCUGGCCUAGCUGUACUAAGAUCUUAGGUCAGUGCUUCAGCACCCAGCAGAGGAAUAGUCUCUUUGGGAUCUGGGGAACAUGUACCUUUGCAGGUGGAAUCUUUGGAACUGCAGUAGCUGUGUACCUAAGGGCAACAUACAACUGGCAAAUGGCUUUCUUCGUUCCAUCUAUAUUUGUGGGUUUUGUAGGUAUCCUAGUAGUCGUGAUGCUCAUAGAGCCUCCAAUGGGGAUUCCCCUCACCGAAAUAGCACAAGAAGCACUACCAGGUCCUCAUCCCAAGCCAUCAUCUAAUACACUACCAUGGAUAAAACUCUGGGCAUUACCAAUGGUGAAAGAAGCAGCCAUAGCAACAUUUUGUAUCAAGAUUGUCAGAUAUUGUAUGUUCAUGUGGCUGCCAUUGUAUCUUCAUCAAGAGCUUCAUUACAGUCAAACAGAGGCUGGAUUGCAUUCGACCAUAUUUGAAAUUGGAGGAGUUAUAGGGAGCGCAUCAAUGGGAUACCUAAUUACAAGAUUCCUACAUGACAAGGCCUUCAAAGGGACCAGCCUUGGUAUCCUCCUCAGCGCAUUGAGUUUCAUUGGAUUCUACGCCACCACCGGCCAUGGGGUGUUCCUCAACCAAUCCUUCAUGUUGCUUGCAGGGGCCUUCAACUGUGGGGUGGACCCAAUCCUCACAGGGUCCAUCCCCUCUGCACUGGGGGAGCAAGGGGGCAUGGAUAUCCAAGCAUCAGUGGCUGGUUUUGUCAAUGGUAUAGGAACAAUGGGCACCAUCAUAGAGGGACCUAUCAUUGGUUUAGUGGCUGAGCUGUUUGGUUGGCAAAGCAUGAUUUAUCUCAUGAUUGCUGUCUCACUUCUGGGUGCCAUGGCAACUUACCGAGGUCACAUGAUCCAGUCAAGGAGAUGACACGUCAACCUAAUGCCGUCUUUAUGACUCACUGCCACAGGGUUCAUUAUGUCCAUUGAUACUGAAAUAUUGCAUGUGUUUAUGAUUAUACCUUUUGUAUGCUUUAAUUCCCAGUUAACUUUUCAUCCUGUUGAACUUGCAAAGCCCAGCUCAGUCCUUUCCAUACAUUAUACACCUCAUUUUAAUUGCUGAGAGGCAGAAGGAUGUUAAGUCAUAUUUGUUUGUUUACACAAAGAGGUAAUGCCAUUCUGGCUGUCAAUGGACUUAAUUCAAGAUUUUCUUUUGUGUUCAUUACUUUUGCAUUAUUCAUUUUAAUGCUGUCCCAAAUAUAUAUAGUUUACACUGCAAUCCAAGUGCCUUUAUAUCUUAAAAUGGCUAGCGACCUGAAUGACUGAUACUAUCAAUACUUUGAAGAUGUUUUUUUGUGUACGCAUUGAAGAUGACAUCCUUUAUCAAUUUCUGUCUGUUAUUGAAUGUGCUGGCCCAUAUUACUUGCCAGAGUGGAUUUUUUGGUAAAAUAUAUUGAUAAAUCACUCAAUCAUGCCAAGUAGUAUUUUGCUACAUGAUAUAUGUACUUUGUCUCUAUUUAUGUUAUGUGUUUUAUGAACCCAUACAUGAUGCUUCUCUAACAAUACAUUCCUUGAUUUUUAGUUUUUAAUGUAUGUCAUGUACAGUUAUAUUAUGAAUAAAUAAAUAUUCCAGUAUAUUGGAGUAUAGCAUAUUGCAAUCA